CAUCUUCCUUCCCCCUUGUCGAGCUAGUCCUCUUUGCUACCAGCGCACCACGAGCAGGUCUCGAGUCGGUUACUUCGUCCUUUGCUAACUCUACUUGAACUCUUGUCCGCUCUUUGUCUCCUCGCCCAAUCAAGUUCAAGAUGCGUUUCUUCACUGUCGCUGCUGCUCUCCUGCCCGUCGGUGUCGCCCUCGCCCAGACUACCCAUGUCGUCAAGGUCGGCGGGAAUGCAUCCCUCACCUACACCCCCAACCAGCUCACUGGUGUCGCCAACGGGGAUGUCAUUCAGUUCCAGUUCUUGGACAAGAACCACACCGUCACCCAGUCUACUUUCGCUGCCCCCUGCUCCAACAUCACCGAUGCGACCGGCGCCGUGACCGGCGUUGAUUCUGGCUUCCAGUUCGUCCCAGCCGGCGCGACGCAAUUCCCUGUCUGGCAAAUCACCGUCAACAACGCUUCGGCUCCGCUCUGGUUCUUCUGCCGUCAGGCUACGCACUGCCAGGCCGGUAUGGUCUUCGCCGUUAACCCCACCGCUGCGAAGACGUAUGACGCCUUCAAGGCCAACGCCGCGCAGUCGGUCGCCGUGAACGGAUCGCCCGCUCCAGCCAACGGUACCACGGGCUCCACCGGCGCCCCUGCAUCGAGUGCCAGUGGUUCAACUGGUGGUGCCGUUGGUACUGCAGCUGCUUCCGGCUCGACCCCGUCGCCAUCGGCGGCUGGUACGGCGGGUAACGGUGCCAGUGCGCUCUCGUUCUCCGGCGUGACCCUCCUGUCGCUCGCCGGUCUCUCUCUCGGUCUCCUCCUCUAAGCUCCCUGAUGAGCCUUGCUCCCCCGCUCUAAUCGGGUGCUGCACGCUUAGGGCUGGCCGAGAAGGGAUGUGGGGGCUUAUCGUUAUUAGUGAAUUUGCGUAUCUUACUGGGUUCCGAGGACACUUCAUGACAUACGAGCGACACAACGCAUUGUUUACUACAAGUUAGCUUUGAGCCCCGCGCGACGCGCAGGGCGUGGACAUUUCUUCACAAGUAGCCUCAUGUCAACGAUGUGCCGCUGGUACAAAAGGCAAUACAAGGGAUUGGUUUGAACGCCA